AUGAUCAUAGAGGAGCUGACGAAUGGAGUCCACAGACAGAGGCUGAGGCAAGGAAGCAAUAAGUUCAUUGAUUGGCUUCUCAUAGAAGGCGAGCAGCUUUGGAGAAUAGGAGUCGAUUCUAUGCAAUGAAUCGCAAUGAAAUCGAUUACUGAACGUAGAGACUCAUGGUAAUGAAGGAGUACAGUAACUGACGCAGUAACGAAGGAUCGGGAGUGGAUCCAGAAGGAAACACGAUCGACAGUAACGAAUUCCAAAUAUCGGA